AUGGACCUCAAAGCGCAGCAGGAGCGGCAUUGGCAUAAGGUUAAUGUCGCAGCGGCGCUGGCUCAGUCCUCUUCUGUGGGUACCGGUUCCGGCGCCCGGCAAGCGGAAAGCCUUGCUACUAUGCUGCCAUACCUCCUCUUGGGCACCCGACACACCAGCCGCCAAGCCACCAGCGGCAGCACGCAGAACAAGUCUAGUUCCUUCUCUUCCACCGGUGGCAUACCCCCUUGCCAUUUCGCGCUGCUGGCGCCAGGCAGCCUGAAGGCCUCGGUGCUGAAUGCACGCGAUAUAAUGUCGUGGCGACGCCAGCGCCGCGCUCUCGCAGGCCGCGCGCCAAUCCCAGGCGAAGCACAGCAACAGCAGGAUGCCGUGAAUUUUGCGCUUUUGGAGAAGACCCAUUAUUCCCAGCGGCAGCUGACUUCAGAUAACCAUCCCUUAUCGUCUUUUCCACGGCCUGCCUGGGUUUCGGAGCCCUCAUCGACAUCGCAGCUCAAACCCGCCACUGCGGCUGGGCCCCGCUUUGCCCCGCCCGCCUCACCUCCGGGGUUAUCAUCAAAGGCUGUCAUUGGGGGUCUCACAGCACAGUCGUCGUCGGCGGCUGUGGCGGGGACAGCAGCUGCCGCAGCCCCGACUGCCCCAUCAGAGACCACAACAGACCACAACAAGGGCCUCUGGAAGCGCCUUUCAUCCAAGCCACAACCAGACGGCUUAGGAAUAGCGGCAGCGGAUUUCCUAAACGUUCCGCCCAGUACUCUUGCCCAGACACUGGACAUAUCCAGGGCUAUUCAGGAAACCCGUAUGCUGAUUUACGACGUGCAGCAGUUGGCAAAAGCCGACCGUGUCUUGCGACAUUAUUUCCUAAUGGCCGAACGCGCCCUCGGAGGCGCACAGGACCCUAUAAAAUCACCCAUAUGGUUGAGCUUCGUCAUCGAAGACGUGAUGCGACGCAAGCCCUCCUGUUACCUCCGGAGCGCUGACUGGGAGGGGUGUAAGACCAUGUUCCGAGAGUUGAGCGACACCGCCCUGGUUCGGGACAGCUGCUGGGUCAAGAGAGUGUGCGAGGCCCUGGGGCUUGAGGCCGGGCGGGGUCACGGGAACCUGCUGGCGGCUCUGCCGCCGAUGUGGCGCCGCUUCGUAGAGAUUGGGCAGGCAGAGGCCGUGGCUGCGGCCGUCGGAGGGGUGCUUGCACUGCGAGCCGCACAAACAGACGACAGCAGCAAGGCGACGCUUCUGCGGCAGCCUUACCUGCUUCGCACACCUCCCGGUGUACGACAGGUCCAGUCUCAGCCAAAGCUGGAUGAGCUGGAACCCCUGGCAUGCGCCGCGCUGUACGCCGUCGUACAGUUGCUGAAGGCACAGGACGCAAAAGGCAACGCUGUCACGGCGCUCAUUGUACGGCCACAUGAUCUGUACGACUUUCUGUCGCUGGUCGAGCCGCCGGCGUCGCCACUGUCGGCACAUUACGCGUUAGGCAGCAGCAAUCCGCGACACGGAGCCCCCCAAGGAGGUGUGAUGCCGUACUCACAACAUCACCUGAUACACGUGGCGACGGCUUGGCGGCAGGACCGCCAGGGUGUCGCCUUCAAGGCGUAUGCAGUACGGACAGAGAUUAUUGCAGAGGCAGGUCGUACUGGACAGCCUUGCCUGACGCCGUACGGUGCCAAGUUGUUAAAUUCAUCAGCAUUGUACUCAACGAAAUCGUUGGCCGCAAGCGGCGGCAUGCCUUUCGGUUUCGGGCUGGGGUUGCGACCGCCGCCGCCGUCAGCGGCCCCCACUGGCCCUUUGUCGGCAACUUCGGUCCCUUUUGCGACUGAGAGGGGAGCUGCGGCCCGGAGGGCUUUCGGAUUGGGCCCCCGGGAUGCCGCCGAGUGCGGUGUGACCAAAACCUCCGUGGCAGCCUCGGAGGCUGCGGCGCCGGCAGUGGCGUCGCAUCGACUAGGCGGACGCCUCUCCCAGUCGCGGACAGCCCACGACAGCCCACAAAGCGCAAGUAUGUUAGCAGGCACUUACACGGAAUGGCACGGUGGCAGUAGCAGCGAUGACGGGGACAGAUCUGAGGAUGACUACAGCAACCUGGGUCGCCGUAACCGCAACCACCAAAACCGCAACGGAAACAGCGAUAGCGGCGGUGAUAGCGACGCGACUACAGUUGUCUUGGGCUCCCCGCAACGGACGUAUGGUCCAGGGCUGCCGUACGUACCGUACAAGCCUGGCGACGCAGCAACCGCAAACCUGACUUGCCGUGGUGAGGGAAGAAGGCGGCGGCGGCGGCGGCUGCUUGCCGGCAGCAGUGUUACGGGCGGCGAGGGUGGGGAGCUAAGCCUAGCUCGACAGGCGGCUCGCGCCACCUCCAUGGCAGUGUGUUGGCUACAGUCCCUAGGAGUAGUGGAUCCGGAUUUGGAACGAAUGAUCACUGCGGAUUUCGCUUCCUGCCGUACCGUCCCCGCCGCCGCCAGCAGCACCAUACUGACGCCGCCGCCGCAGUCGCCGUCAGCUUGGGAUCGGCAGCUCGCGUUAACAAACGCGCCAGCGACUCAGUCCAGUGGCACAAUGGUUGUGACGUCAUCAGCGGUAUGCUCACGGCAACCGUGCUUGGCACGGGAGCUGAAGGCGCUGGCGGACCGUGCCGCCGCAAGCGUCCUGCUGCCACCGUACGGCGAUAACGACCCCGAUAACCGUACGGCUCGACUGCCAUGCCUAUGGCUCGAGGACGGUGAGAAGAACAGCACCAGCAUGAGCAGCAGCAGCACCAGCGCCGCCAGUGCAGCUGGCGCUGGCCCCGGACGUUGCCGUGAGGGGUCGCCGUUUGGUCGUCCUGCAUCCCUUCCAGCAGGACCAGCGCCUACCACUGCGAUCUUGUCGGAUGAGGUCUCCGCCUUUGAGCAGCGGGAGAAGAGCCGCGCUGGGCAGCUUCGUGCCGCUUUCCUGACGACCCUCCGCUCGGACGCUGCGCUGCGACGGCUGGUGGCGGCUGUGCUGCCGCGGACACGUCACCGUGACGGCGUGGCUUCAGAUGACGACGAAAACACCACGGCAGCGGCGACGACGGAUUCUGACGUGAAGCUCGAGCUGGAGGGCGAGGAAGUGGAGUAUGCGGAGUAUACGGAGGACGAUGAGCAGACCGUGGAUGCUUCCAGCAAGGCUGGUGACGGCGCGGAAGGAGCUGUGGGAGCGGAUAGGGUCGGCGGCAGGGUUGGCGGGGGCUGGGACUUCGCGGCGCGGUCGCGGGUGACGGAGGAGCAGGUGUUGUCGGUGGAGGAUAUUGGUGAGCUGCUGCGGCGGCUGAGGCCCGGGCUGCAGGAGGCGCACCCUCGCAGCUGGGCGGCUCUGGAGCAGGAGGCGCGGGAGGAGGAGGAGCGGCUGGGGUCCACCAUUUCGCAAAACACAUUGGCAAGCAAGAUGUUGCGCCUGGGGCUGCUGGGCCUUACGCUACUGGCACAUCGUCCGGACCUGCCUUUGCGGCUGUUGCGGCUACUGCCAUGCGUCGCAGCCGGCGCCACGUACCGGGAGUGGGCCAUGUACAGCCGGCCUCCCCCGGGGGCCAAGAUGAGGGGCGUCCUGGCAGCUGGACCCUGCCCCAUGGCGCACUACCACGCGCUCAUUGCAUUUGCCGCCUUCAACUUCCUACCGGGACGUCUUCACAGCGCAGCUGGCACCGCCGCCACCGCCGUCACCGGCGUCGGUUCGUCCCUUCGUUUCCCUGACCCCACACCCGCCGGAGCCGCAACCGCUGCCACCGCCGCCAAUAACUCCGUCGAUUUGACGGCGAAGGCACUCGCGCGGAUGCUCCGACGGAACCAGACGGUCUGGGAGUCCAUUGCGUUGUACGUUUCCGUACAAGCCCUGGCGGAGGAUGAGGGCCUGGCGGUGCCAUGGCUCAUCGCCGCUGGCGCCGCCGACCCCGAGGAAGCGCCGUCCGCCGCAGCUGCCGCUGCUGCGACCAGCAGCAGCACCGGCUGUGCGGUGGUUGGGUCGUCGACGUCGCCAUCGCCUUUAUCGGCCGCAGCGGCGGGGCUCGGUGCCUCGCAGCUCGGCAAUCUUGCGGAGUUACUGCGCGAGCUGAAGCGGGAUGUGGUGGUGGCGGCGGCGAUGAACGAUCCCCUUGAAGAGUCGGCAUCGUCGGUGUCGUCGGCGUCUUCGUCGUCGGCGUCGGAAGCAAGAGGAGAAGGAGGAGAAAUGGCCGGGGGAAAGCGGAUAGAUGGUGGAGGUGCUUGCGGCGGCGGUGGCGGCGGCCUAGCCUCGGAAUUUUCCGACAGCGAGGAUCGCUGGUUCAUCGAAGCACCCCAAGUACCCAGCAGUGGCAGCGGGUCUACCGAAUCUGUGGCGGAGUUGGAGGUAGCGACAGAGGUGGAGGCGGAGGCGACGGAAGGGGAAGUAGAGCUGGAAGUUACGAGCGGCGAUGGAGAUGAGGCGGCAGCCGGCAGGCUCGCAGAUAACUCCGCCGCCAAAGCGGUUGUGGCGGCGGCGGUGACGGUGACGGCGCCGUCGGCGGAUAUGAGGCCAGCCGCGGAGGCCAGCCACUCUGAUCCACUGCCGCCACCGCCGCCGCCGCAAGCUGCGCCAUCACAGCUGUCGUCAUCACAGCUGCGGGCGGGUGGCGGCGUCGUACCCGGAACCCACGGGCCGCUGUCCAGCAGUAACCUCUGGGUGGAGGCUGGUCACCAGAUAGCGGCGGCCCGUACGGACGACCCGUACGGAUGCCCGUGGCGCCCUUCGGCCCCUCCCGCUUCCUCGUCGUCAAACUCCGCCAAGAACACUGCCAUCAACAGCAGUAGCAGCAACAUCAUCAACGGCGGCAGUACGGCCGGCCAGGGUGCCAUGACCGCGACGGCGCAAAGCCCAGCUCAGGCUGCGAAACAGAAGCCCGGUGCCGCCACUUUGCCGGCGGAGUACUGGCAACCUGGCGGCCGCGGCGGCGGGGGUGCCGGCCGUGGCGGUGGGCGGAGUAAGGCGGGUACUGGUGGCGGCGGCGGCGGCGACGGCGGCUGUAGUAGCGGCAUUAGCGGUCUCGGCUGGCUGGGCGGACCUGAGUGUCAGGCGGUGGCAGCCGACCUGGACGAUCACUUUCUCAAGGAUCCCUCUUUUCACAAGAUGAUGCUGUCGUCUUUGGUUCAAAACCUGGCGGAGGAGUUCGAGGAGGGGUUGUUGAGGAGUGUCGUAGACGCCUGUCGAGGCACACCAGCGCCCACAUCCGCGCCGGCGCCCACAGUAACAAAAUGUCCAACAUCUGUACCGCUCGGUCGGGAAGGUAGCGGCGCCGCGCCCUUCACCGCCGCUGGCGGCGCGGAACACGGCAUGGGUUGCAAGGCGGCAGCGGCGGCGGAGGAGGAGGAUGCGCGUAUGGGCCCAGGCGGGCUGGCGAGGAGUUUGCGAGGGAAGGAGAUUGAGGAGGUGGAAGCGGCGGAGGCCUUAUUAUUGCAGCAGUUGAAUUUGAAUCCGUGGAAGGAGCAGUCGUUGCGGAUCGCCUCGUGGCCGCAGGCCCCUGACCCGAGUGCUGCUUCCGGCCGCUGUCAGCGGAGCGGCGGGGGCGGCGGCGGCGGCGGGAUGGAGGGCCGGCGGAAGCAGCUGGGCGGCCCUGACUGGGAGCCGCAGCAGGCGCUGCCCGUCAUGUUGCGGUUGUGGAGGUGCGCGGCGGACAGAGCGGACUGUGAGGCGAAAGCUGCCUGCGGUGUGCGAUCAACGCGUAGCGGCACUACGGAGCCUCGAGUCGUACGUCAGCACGUGACCACGGUGGGCGGCCCGGGGCUAAUGCUCGCCCUGACGGCGAUGUACUGCGGGGACGAGCAGCGAGCGGCGCAGCUGAGACGGCCGGCUAACGCCUCCGCCACGACGGCGGCGACGGCGGCGGCGACGGCAUCCAAGUUGGCGAUGGCGGCGGCGGCGGCGGCUGGGUCCCGUCGGGGGCCUUACUCAACGACGCUGGCGACUUCCACGUUGGCGGGGACCUCUUGUGGGGCUGGCGAGGAGAGGCGACGUGUGUGUUUCCAGCCCAGUGCUAGCGUGAGGACUUCGCAGCUGGCUCUGGGGCUGCUGGGACACGGAAGAAGUGCGCCGGAGCAACAGACCGUGUUCCCGCCACCGGAAGGAGUCCCUGGAGUCGUACUGUUGGCCAUUACCCCGGACGUGGUUCCGGAGCAACGCGUGGAGAGGCGCACGAUGAAGAGUGUGGCAGCAGCGGCGGUACGGGAUUGCGCUCCUGUUGCGGGUGUGGGGAGCGGAUGUGGAGGGGCCGCCCUGGCCUGCUGGCUGUGGAUGGCGCUGAUGGACGCUGCGACGCUGCAGGGUGGCUUGUUUGGCGCUCUCCGCGAGGGGAUGACAGGAUGGGAGAAUGCGGAAGGGGUCGGGGAGGUCGCUAGGUACGACAUAGCGGCGGCAAUUGCUCGUACAUCUUUAGUUUCGGAGCGCAGUGGGGCCCUGCGAGUUCAGGCUCUUGGGCUGGAGGGGCUGGAGACGGCGGUGCUGUUGCUGUCUCAGGUGCGUAUGGAAAUGCAGAAGCAGCAGCGCGACCUGGUUGUCGUGGUACGGCAAUUGGAUCACCAGGGCAUCGCGGCAGCUGGCGAGGAUGAAGUGGACGAGCGGCCUCUGGCGUCGAGACUGUACGACGUGGAUCGUGGUAAUGAUGAACAGGCGGAUAGCUACCGUUGCACCAACAGCAACAGCAACAGCAACAACCAACGAAAACAUUCCAGUAGCAUUACCAGCGGCGACGGGGCCGGAGGCAACAGCGCUGCCGACACACCAUUGGAGCUGCUUCAUCGGUACAAUUCGUGUUUUCAAGUGUUUUGGUGCCUCUUGCCGGCACUCGACGAGGCCCUGCGGUCGCUUUUCCGCGGUGGGGUGGAGCUGGAGGUGGAGGCGGCGCUCGAGCAGCUGGAGGGGAAAGCCGCCAGCACCGCCGCCGAAGGCGGCAGCAGCGGCGGCAGCAGCGGCGCAGAUAGCAGCAAAUGGAGAGCCAAUGCACAAGUGGCGGAACGGCUGCGGAUGGCCCUGGAGGACGCGCAUGGGCUCAUGCAAAGCAGCUGUGCCGUACAAAAGGGCCUCGUGACGGAGCUUGUGGUGUUUGAGUGCGAGAUUGGGAGGCCUGAGCGCCUUGUCGUACAGCGGAGAAGGGGUGGGAAUAGCAGUGAGGAAGGGGCUGCUGCUGCCGUAUCAGCGGCUGCAAAGCUGGAGUCUAGUACAGACUGCAAGGGCAUUGUAGCGACGACAACGGCGGCGGCAGCGGGCAUGAGAGGGGGUCGUAAAGGGAAAGGGGGAGACGCCUCGGCGGCAGGGGGAAGAGCAGGCCCUUCAGGAGGUCGUGGAGGGGCGGGGUUGCUUAAGAAUGGCGGUCCAGCGCCACGCCGGCGAUAUGCGUCCAAGCGCUUUAAGCACGAGGACUCGGACGCGAAGGACGAGGAGGACGAGGACAGGGGAGGCACGCAAGGGAAGUACGGUUGCAAGCAAGGCACAGCGGUUGAGGAUGUGGGACGGCUAUUAACUGUGGGACAACGGGUUGCGUUUGUGGGGGGUACCUGCCGUGGGGGGUACCUGCUUAAGCGGAAGCUUCCGCUCAUCGUCAAGUGGCUGCUCCUGCUUUAG